AUGUUAUCUCCCGAAGUUUAUACAGACGAUAUUCGUGGUCUCAAGUAUAUCGAUGAAGAUGUUGUUUAUAAACGAAGAACUAGGGUGUUGUAUGAUCUAGUUCGCGGAUUUUUCUUGUUACUUCAGGCUUUGGCUUAUAUUUGCGCAUCUGCCAUGUAUUUUGACAGCGUCAUUCAUCAAAGCUAUGCAUUAAAAGUAGGUGCAGCACUCUACAAAGCCGGUGCAACUUUUAAAUUAUUUGCCGAAAUACCAAAAAUUUUCAAAGAUCGAGUUGGUUUAUUUUUGUAUGCAAAAUAUCGACUAGCAUACACGUUGCAACGUAUCGAAGAAUUUACAUAUCUGGAAUAUUCAUUUGUCGAAGGAUUCAUACGAACCGAAAUUGCACUCAGUGAUUUAUUUUUGAUUCUUUCUGCUGCUUUGGAUCUUGCCCGUGCAAUCUUAUACAUACAACAACUUAAUACACUUACAUGUGGUAUAUAUCUUUUUAUCGCCAGCAUGUCCAUACUAUUAUCUGCUGAUAUGUGGAUAAUUUAUCAAUUAGGUCGGAUGGAAAAAGAUGAUCCAUACAAUCUUACCUUUCGAUGCAGAAAUGCAUGCCGUAACAUCGUAAAAUUUCUUUUCAGAUUGUUUUCUGCGUUUGCUGCUUUGUUUUAUAUUAUUGGUUCAACACUAUAUUUACCAGAAUAUGACAAAAACGCUUCUGAUCAAGAUAAUGUGGGGGCACUCUACGAAGCCGGUGCAGGGUCCUUCUUUGUUUCUGCUAUAAUGGGUCUGUUAGAUGCAUGUAUAGGUGAUGUGUAA